AGUCAAUCAAGUCUAUGUUUUAGUAGUCGCGCGGUGGUUUUCGAGGUGUAUACAUGCGCGGGUAAUUUGUGCAAUUGCUCGAAAAAUUGCCAAUAUUUUCACAUUCGAAAAUGCAACGUUCCGUUCAACAAGCAAAUGGGGACAGCGUUCUCGCAUCACCAAGGAAAAAACAACGUGUGUCAAAUGCUACAACCAAAGUUACUGUUGUUCUUGGAGCGCAAUGGGGCGAUGAGGGUAAAGGCAAGGUCGUCGAUAUGCUUGCUAUGGAUGCUGACGUCGUCUGCAGGUGUCAGGGAGGAAGCAAUGCCGGGCAUACUGUAGUAGUAGAUGGUGCGGAGUUCCAUUUUCAUCUUCUGCCCAGUGGAAUAAUCAAUCCUAGAUGUACAUCGGUUAUAGGAAAUGGAGUAGUAAUACAUUUACCAGGUCUUUUUGAAGAGCUAGAAAGCAAUGAAGCGAAAGGUUUGAAAAAUUGGCGGGAACGAUUAAUAAUUUCCGAUCGUGCACAUAUAGUAUUUGAUUUUCAUCAACAAGUUGAUGGUCUCCAAGAAUUAGAAAAAGGUACGCAAUCCCUUGGUACAACCAAGAAAGGAAUUGGACCAACGUACUCGAGCAAAGCUGCCAGAAAUGGACUUAGAAUCGGUGAUCUUCUCGGAGAUUUCGAUAAAUUUUCGCAAAAAUUUGAUACGCUGGUAACUUCGUAUCAAAAAAUGUUUCCAGCACUUCAAGUUGAUGUAAAAGCAGAACUUCAACGAUAUAAAGAAUAUGCAGAAAGAAUAAGACCGUUAGUAAAAGAAACCGUUCAGUAUUUACAUCAAGCAUUACGCGAAGGAAAAAAAGUAUUAGUAGAAGGUGCAAAUGCUGCGAUGCUAGAUAUAGAUUUUGGAACAUAUCCUUAUGUUACGAGUUCUAACUGCAGUAUAGGUGGUGUUUGUACCGGUCUUGGACUACCACCGUCUUAUAUCGGAGAAGUUGUUGGUGUCGUUAAAGCGUAUACUACAAGAGUUGGUGAUGGUCCAUUCCCUACAGAACUUUUGAAUGCUACAGGCGAGCUUUUACAAAGGAGAGGGCAUGAAAUUGGUGUUACAACAAAUAGAAAAAGACGUUGCGGUUGGCUAGAUUUAACUCUUCUUAAAUUCACUGCAAUGGUUAAUGGAUAUACGUCAAUAUGUCUAACAAAAUUAGACAUUUUAGAUACGCUUCCAAAAAUUCAAAUUGGUGUAGGUUAUCGAUUAAAUGGAAAGGAAAUUGAUUAUUUUCCAAGUACCACUUCUGACUUGGUAAAAGUAGAAGUAAUUUAUGAAACUCUCGAUGGUUGGCAAUCAACAACAGAAGGUGUACGUUCUUUAGAAAAAUUACCUCCUAAUGCAAAAAAAUAUAUACAACUAAUAGAAGAACAUCUUGGUGUACCAGUUAAGUGGAUUGGAGUGGGAGCAGGUCGGGAAAGUGUAAUUACGCUUUGACAUUGUUAUGUAGUAGGACGUUCAUCAUGAGAGAAUGUACUAUUAAAAGAAUCGGAAUAAAAUAAUGAUACCGAUUCAUGUACAAAAUUUAUUCAAACUUGAAGAAUACUUUUAUAAAACAUCACGCAUGCAGACUUCUAAAUAACUAACUAUCCGCCGAAUUUGGAGAUCUAUUUAUAAUCGCGGCAAUCUCACAUGACUAACUCUGUUAGUCACUAGAAUUGAAUCUUGAGCAGCUAGUCAGCUUCUUGAUAAUAUUUAAAAAAUGACUUUUCAACUAUCGAAUCAUUGAUGUUUAAUAUUCGCAGUAUCGAAACGAAAAAAUUUGUUUUCAUAUCUUAUAACUUGCCAAAAUUUUGGCAAACAUCGGCAUCUCUAUUUUAUUGUUCGUUCUUGUUUCUGAGAAUAGGGAUGCCAAAAAUAUAAAUGAAAUCUAAUUCCUUUUGGAUACGUGGCACCUCUUUUUCUUAAAGUCUUUUUGACAUUAUUUGUUGUAAUUAUAUCUCGUUAAGCUACAUUUGCUUAUCGAGGAGUAUUGCGUGUUAUAACAAUUUGUGUAGUAGUUGUUACAAGGUUUGCACAAAUGUCUUAAUUGUAAGAAUUGUAACAAUUUAUACGCUCCAAUUUUGUAGAUAAAAUAUGACAUAGUACUUAGAUCUAAAGCAUAAAAUAAAUAAUUUAAAAAUA